GCCUGCCGCGCUCAGGCUUCAUGCUUUGUCUCAACAACAGAUCAUAGCAGUCUUGCUCGCUUUUUAACCCAUUAUUGCGACUUUCCUCGUCUUGCUGUUGAUCAAAUUACUUUUCACACAAUAUUGACACACUCAUCAAUCCGUCCGUCGUCCUUAUCAACUCAAGUAAAUAAUAACCAAACCGUCGGGGUUCGCCAUACAGCCAACACGGAAUUGAAUCAAUUCAAACCUUGAUACUACUACAGUCAAUCAAUUCUGCACUUGCUCCCUUAAUUGAAAACAACAUCCAUUACUUUGCAAACCAAGACAACGGAAGAAGGGCGAUCCUACCAAAAAAUAACACAACCAUCCGACUCCUUCAUCCUCGCACACACACCCAUCAACACAAGCAAACCCAAGAAAUCAUCUCAAAGAUCGGAAAAUGGCAGCACCAGGAACCCAAUCGCUCAAGUGUGUUGUGACAGGAGAUGGAGCUGUUGGCAAAACAUGUCUCUUGAUUUCGUAUACUACUAAUGCAUUUCCUGGAGAAUACAUCCCCACGGUAUUCGAUAAUUAUUCUGCCAGCGUGAUGGUUGACGGAAAGCCAAUAAGCUUAGGCUUGUGGGAUACCGCUGGACAAGAAGAUUACGAUAGACUGCGCCCGCUUUCCUAUCCCCAAACAGAUGUAUUUUUGAUCUGUUUCUCGAUUGUCAGCCCUCCAUCUUUCGAUAACGUCCGAGCAAAGUGGUUUCCUGAAAUAUCCCACCAUGCGCCUGGCGUUCCGAUCAUUCUUGUAGGAACGAAAUUGGAUCUUCGAGAUGACGAGCCUACCAAAGAAUCCCUUAGAUCCAAGCGAAUGGAGCCUGUAACUUAUGAUCAGGCAAGAGUUGUGGCCAAAGAAAUCAGGGCACACAAGUAUUUAGAAUGUUCUGCGCUCACACAGAGAAAUCUUAAGAGUGUAUUCGAUGAGGCAAUUCGUGCUGUCCUGAGUCCACAACAACAAGCACCCAAGCCGAAGAAAUCUAAGUGUACAGUUCUAUGAAGUCGAAUUGAGUUGAGACAACAACAGGCGACGAUCUAUAGACACAGUGGACUGGUUGGAAGUGGUUUAACUUCUACAAUAAUCGGAGAUGAAGAGUUUCGUGGAGUAAGGUGCGGGGAAAUACGAAUGGGUUAAUACAAGCUUUUUCUGUUUAUCGACUUUUUCAAUUCUAUGUUGUAGAAUUUGGCAUUAUAUGGAUGUGGUAGCAUAUAUCGAUGCAACAUGCGUCCCUGAAGAUACCGAAGAUAACUCUUUUCUGUAGAUAGGUCACGAUAAAUGCAUGGAGUAAUGAAUAAAUCA